AAUUCAAUCCCGUCAACCCUAGCGAAGGCCAAUCAAGGAAACAUUUUAUGAAAAAGUCAUCUAAAAUCUUCCAUCCCCAACAUUUUGCACAAACUUGUAAGUGACACAUUUUCUUAAAUCUUAUUAUCUCAAACUAAUUUGGGACUAAACCUGCGUUUGUUACGGAGCUAACAAACUUUAAUCAUCUGUUUUACUGAACGAUAAACUGGUUGUUUCGCUUCAUGCCCUUUUGGCCUGCGUCAACUGACCUAAAUUGGCCUAGACUGUUGAUACGGUCGUUUUAACAGUUAUAAAAUACGUGAAACACUCAUUAAGAUGAUAUUUAGUCAAUUUGAAGUGUUCAAGUUACUUGACAAGCGGAAAUCAUAGAAAAAAUGGCGGUGCGUACACUAACCUUUUUGUCAACAGGUGAACAUGAUCGAAAAUUCAGAACGGAUCGUCGAACAUGUUAAAGACACUGUUAUGGACGUUUGUAGACUUAGUUUGGCCAGUGAAAAUAAGUAUACAGUAGACGGUUUAAUUGGUGUUACUCUAAGUGCCAAUAAGGAAGUGAUUUUAAUCAAAAUCAAUGAAGCUGUUGUCAAUUCAACUGGAAUUGAUCAUAAUGACGAUUCACCAGCUACGAGUAUUCCAGAAUUCGGGGAUGAAAAUGGACCAAUAACAAUGAAAAAUGACGAAUGCAAAUCGGCUAUAGAAGAUUUUGUUUCUGGUCCACAGAUGCAUAAAGUAGAAAGAGCUCGAAUAAAACGACUAAUUUUUGAUACAGUGAUGAUGUUGUGUAAAAGCUCAUUAAAAGAUAUAGAUUUUCAGGUUGAUGGUUUAAUAGGAAUUACACUGGCUGGUAGUGAGGUUUUUUUAAUAAAAUUCGAUCAGCAUGUUAAAUCUCGAUUGGACAUUUGCUCUAUUGCUCGAGCUAGUGGGAUUUUACCGGAAGAAAAUAACAAUGAUACAACUAAUCUUGCAGGAGAAAUGGUGGAAGAAGAUAAAAAACCCGACUUACAAACCCUUGAAUCCAUUCCGUUUCACCCUCCCUCAAAUAUUCCUGUUCCUAUUAUGGGCGUUCCACAAGAUUUAGGUCAUUCAGUAGAAAUGACACAACUCCAAUCUUCCGGUCCUAUGGGAUACCAACCUGUUAUACAACAUACAACCAUGAUGAUGCAACACAACCAAAAUAUGCAUCAAAUACAAUAUCCUGGUGGACCACCGACGCAUUGGAACGCUCAACCAGACAAGACAUACACCGAACUUAAAUCGCCCAAGGAAGAAGCCAUGAUGUCCCAACAAAUUACCAUGUCUCCAAUUAGAACGCCAGAUAAGGAUAUGAACCGAAAGAAAAGAUCUUUUCAAUGUGACCGAUGUACAAAGAUGUUUACUUGCAGGGCUCUGUUGGACAAUCAUAUAAGAACGCACACGGGGGAAAAGCCAUUUACAUGCGACAUUUGCCACAAAUCGUUCAAAGAAAAAUCGCAUCUUCGACGCCAUAAAUGGACACAUGAUGAUACAAGGCCGCAUAAUUGUUCCCAUUGCAAUAAGGGAUUUAUCACUAAAGGUGAAUUCAGAAAUCAUAUGAAGAGGUAUCACGAAGUGGAGAUCCCCUGAAAGAUAACAAAAGCGUGAAAGAGAGAGUGAGUGAGAAUUUUUAGACCCAAUCCCAAACAACAUAGUCUUUCGCUAACGUUCCAAGUUAUUACUUCUCUCCUUUAUUUUCUAUUUCUAACGCUUGAGAUUAUAUUAAUAGCAUCUACCGUCUACUUUUUUAUAAAAAUUUUACACAACUAAGCACAACGUAUGCUUUUUUUUGCAAAAAGACUAACUAUUGGAUAAACUGUUUUUCUUCAUUAUUGAGCCAUUCAGAGGACGAACUGUGAUACCUGUGCUAGGUGAUGUAUAGUUAAAGAGAGAGAGAGAGAGAGAGAGAGAGAGAGAGAGAGAAUAGGGAAAAAGCGAAAAUACUCUACUAAAACUACUUUCUUCUUUGUUUUUGGUUUUUUUUCUCAUCAAAAUUUAAAAGAUCAAUAGUUUUUAUUUCCUUCUUUUCUUUUUUAUAUUAUUUAAGAUAAAACGAGAAAAGAUGGAUUAUGGGCAAAUUUCUAUUCUUUCAUAAUAUUCAAAGGCAAAACAACGGAGGUGGGAGGGGAGAGAAUUAACGAUAAGAAAUAUAUUUUUGUUUUUCGCUCUACACCAAAAAUAGAUUAUUUUUCGUUUUUUCAAUUCUUCCCCUAACUCUUUAAUAUAUUUCACCGCCUGUGUUCACGUGGGUAGACGAGAAUAAAGAUGUGGUGGAGGGGGGGAGGAGGGUAAGAGUACGGGUUAGGGUGGGCCAGAUAGAUAUAAAAUGAAUCUACCUAUGACAUUACGAGACUUGUGAUUAUAUUUUAUUAUUUCAAUGGAGAAAAAAAACGAAAAAUGAAAGCAAAACUUUGUUGUUAAAUAUUUUAUAUAAAGGAAAAAAGAUAGAGAGGAAAAAGUGUAUAAAUAGUAAAAAGUUAGUUCACCCAUAAGUCUUUUUCAUCUCAAAUCUUGUUUAACUUUUUAAAAUUUUUUACUCUCUCUUUGCGUGCUUCUCUAAAAAAAAACUUGUAUAAAAAAAUUCGGCUCAUACGUGCCUUAUUAUGUAAAAAACAAAAACAAAAAGUUAAAAAACAAAAGAAAGAAAGAAAGAAAACAAAAAGAAAGAAAAACUUUUUUUUAGUUUAUAGGUUUUUUUUUGUUUUUGUUUUGUAUUGUUUUUUUUUUCUUUUGUUGUUUAUCUUUUUAUUUUAAAUUUGUGAACCAUUUCUAUUAAUACGAAAAUAUUAUAUGCAAUCAAAGUUUUCAUUUCUACAUUGUGCUCAUGUAUACGCAUUAUACGUGCCAUUUUUUAAAAUUGUAGAAUUUUUUGGUUUUUUUUUUCUUCUUCUUUUGUUUGUUUUUUUUUUCAUCCUUUAUUUAGAGGAGAAAAAGAAAAAGGCCAUUUAAUCGUCAUGUAGUUGAUUUAGUUUAUUAAAAUUUUAUUUUUUAUAUUCCCUUCCCUUCUUCCUUCCCUUUCCCCCAAAACAAUGUUUUAAUUUCUUUCUUUUUCUUUCACUUUUUUUUUUGUAUAUUGUAUAAAUAAUUAAGCAAAUACAUAUUAUAUAUAUAUAUAUGUGUUUGUAUAGUUUUAUACAUUGUUUUUUCUUUUUGUCUAAAACUUAUGUGUUUAUAUAUUUAUAUAUAAAUGAAUAGUUUUUAUUUUUUUAUAAAUUAUGACAAAAAAGUUUGUGCUAUACAGGGAAUU